AAGUUACAGACUCUUUUCCCUCUUCGAGAAUCCCACUUUCUCCUUUUUCCUUCCGAGUCGGUGACAAAUCAACAUGUAAAACAUGAUAUCCAGAGUGAAACCGGAAACGCCCAAAACCCUAGGAUUCCAAUCCAAGUGUCUCAACCCCCAUUCUUUCCAUUGAAGAAUCAUAUUACAAGACCCGCAAAAACCAAAUGGGUCGACCCGAACCCUACGUCUUGUUUGCCCAGACCUUCAACCAUCCACAUCUCGACGAGUACGUUGACGAGGUAUUGUUUUCUGAACCCGUCGUAAUAACUGCGUGUGAGUUCCUCGAACAAAAUGCUUCUUCAGCAGCUCAAGCAGUAACGCUUCUCGGGGCUACUUCACCUCCUUCAUUUGCUUUGGAAGUGUUUGUUAAGUGCGAGGCGGAGACAAGGUUUCGGCGCCUCUGCCUGCCUUUUCUGUAUUCUCAUUCUUCAUCAAAUGUGCUGGAAGUGGAGGCUGUUGUAACUAAUCAUCUGGUUGUAAGGGGCAGCUACCGCAGUCUAAGUUUGGUUAUAUAUGGAAAUACAGCGGAGGAUCUGGGGCAGUUCAAUAUAGAAUUCGAUGAUAACUCGCUGAGAAAUUUAGUUAGCUCUGCUGAGGGAAAGCUGGAAGAUCUCCCGCUGGCAUUGCACUCAACUAACCUGACAAUUGAGGAACCCAUAUACUCUUUGAAUGCUUUGUCCAUUCCAGUUGCUCCAUUGGAUAUAUCGAUUGAGCUCAAGCAAUUUAUACAGCUGUUGUUUAAGAUUUUGAGGUUGUCGACACUUGGGGAUGCAGUACAUACAGUUGUAAACACUUUGGUUUCAGCAGCCUCUUCUUAUGUUACAUGUGAGUUGCAUGAUGCUGCAAACAAUGCCAAAAAUAUUACAAGGGCCAAAUCAACAAAUUUUAAGGAGUUGCUCAGCCUUAUUGGUGAGGCCAGUGGAGAGCUUCUUGAGCUCUAUAAAGUGCAACAGGAAACGGGGAAUGGAUCUGUUGACUUGUUGGCUGGAUGCACUUUUGCUGAUUUUGAGGCUGAUUUGGUUAAUUCCAAAGAGUUGGUGGAUUUGUACAGCAAGUACUUCAAUUUUAGCAGCAACUCCGCAAAUUUUGGACAUCAUGAUCUUUCACAGAAAGAAAAUGUACUUCUGGGGUUGAGUGUGGCUCUCUUCUUGUGCUCCAGUAGAGAGAGCUGCUUUCACUUUGUAAAUAGUGGGGGAUUGGAGCAUAUUGUUCACAUUUUUGGCAAUGACAAGCCAAAUUCCGUCACCAUCACGUUGCUACUACUAGGUGUUGUCGAGCGGGCUACUCAGUUUUCAAUUGGAUGCGAGGGAUUUUUUGGUUGGUGGCCUCGGGAAGAUGAAAAUAUCCCAUCUGGUAUUAGUGAAGGUUAUAGUCAAUUGUUGAAGUUGUUGUUGUUGCAAAAACCGCGUCACGAUGUUGCUUCUCUUGCAACUUAUGUCCUCCACCGUUUACGAUUUUAUGAAGUUGCUUCGAGAUAUGAGUGUGCAGUUCUGUCUGUUUUGGAAGGUCUCUCAGCUGUUGGUAGGGUUACAAGAGAUACCUUGAACAUGCUUAUCAGUGCUAAAUCUGAACUUAAGAGGCUCCUGAAGUUGAUAAAUUCACAUGGCCUAAAUGAAGACCCCUCUCCAGUGGCUUGUGCAAGCAGAUCACUGAUUCUUGGUCAAACAGAAGGAUUAUUGUCGUAUAAAGCAACCAAUAGCCUGAUUGCUUCGUCAAAUUGUUGUUUUUCAGUUUCAGAUAUUGACUCGCAUUUGCUAGAACUUAUCAAGGAAAGGGGAUUUCUCCCUUUGUCAGCUGCUUUGUUGUCAUCAUCAGUAUUGCGGUCUGAAGUUGGACCUGCCAUGGACGUAUUUGUGGAUAUUGCAUCGUCAAUUGAGGCCAUAAUCUUUUCACUUCUAUUUUGUCGCUCAGGCUUAAUAUUUCUGCUAAAUCAUCCUGAACUUUCAGCUACAAUAAUUAAUGCCCUACGGGGUGGGGAUGACUUGAAUAAGGAAGAGUUUCUUCCCCUUCGGUAUGCAUCUGUUUUAAUAUCCAAGGGUUUCUUUUGCAGCCCUCGGGAAGUUGGCAUGAUUGUCGGGGUGCAUUUGAGGGUGGUUAAUGCCAUAGAUCGUUUGCUUACAUCAACUCCACACUCAGAAGAAUUUUUAUGGCUUUUGUGGGAACUUUGUGGCCUAUCUAGGUCUGACUGUGGACGCCAGGCUCUGCUGGCUCUUGGAUAUUUUCCAGAGGCUGUUUCAGUUUUAAUUGAAGCACUACAUUCUGUCAAGGAAUUGGAGCCAGAUGCCAAGAUUAGUGGUGCUGUACCCCUAAAUCUUGCAAUUUCUCACUCUGCUGCUGAGAUUCUUGAAGUCAUUGUUACUGAUUCAACGGCAUUGUCUCUAUGUUCUUGGAUUGGACAUGCUUUAGAGAUCCAUAGGGCUCUACUUUCCUCUUCUCCAGGGUCAAAUAGAAAAGAUGCUCCUACACGGCUGUUGGAAUUGAUAGAUGCUGGUGUUGUUUAUCAUAAGAAUGGGGCGGCUGGUCUUCUUCGGUAUGCUGCUGUAUUAGCUUCUGGAGGAGAUGCCCAUGCCCCCUUAACUUCAAUCACCGUUCUUGUGUCAGAUUUGGCUGAUGGUGAGAAUGCUGUUGGAGAUUCUUCCAGCGGAUUUGAUGUCAAUGCUAUGGAGACUCUUGGAAAAUAUAUUUCUGAGAAGUCUUUUGACGGUGUUAUGCUUCGUGACUCUUCUGUGGCACAGUUGACAACAACAUUUCGAAUUUUGGCAUUUAUUUCAGAGAACUCAACUGUUGCUGCUGCAAUGUAUGAUGAAGGUGCCACAGCGGUUAUCUAUGCUGUUCUGGUUAGUUGCAGGUUCAUGCUGGAGAGGUCCUCAAACAAUUAUGAUUACCUUGUUGACGAGGGCACAGAGUGCAAUUCUACAUCAGAUUUACUAUUAGAACGUAAUCGUGAGCAGAGCUUAGUUGAUCUUUUGGUUCCUUCUUUGGUGUUACUGAUCAACCUUUUGCAAAAAUUACAGGAAGCUAAGGAGCAACACCGAAAUGCAAAACUAAUGAAUGCCCUUUUACGAUUGCAUCGAGAAGUAAGUCCAAGGCUAGCUGCAUGUGCAGCAGACCUGUCCUCUCCUUAUCCGGAUUCUGCACUUGGUUUUGGAGCCGUGUGCCAUCUGAUUGUGUCGGCACUUGCUUCUUGGCCAGUAUGUGGUUGGACUCCUGGCCUUUUCCAUUCCCUGCUUGCCAGUGUUCAUGCUGCUUCUUUCCUGGCCUUGGGCCCAAAAGAAACGUCCAGUUUGCUGUGUCUUUUGAAUGAUUUAUUUCCUGAAGAAGGUAUCUGGCUUUGGAAAAAUGGGACGCCCUUGUUGUGUGCAUUUAGAACAUUGGCCAUUGGAACUUUAUUGGGGCCUCGGAAGGAGAGACAGGUCAACUGGUAUCUAGAACCGGGACAUGUUGAAAAGCUGCUUAGCCAAUUGACACCACAGCUUGACAAACUUGCCCAAAUUAUCCAACAAUAUGCUAUAUCUGCAUUGGUGGUCAUUCAAGAUAUGCUACGUGUUUUAAUAAUUCGCAUUGCUUGCCAAAAUGCUGAGAAUGCUUGUGUACUUUUGCGACCCAUAUUCUCAUGGACUCGUGCUUGUGUUUCUGAUUCCUCUUCUCCAUCGGACAUGGAUGCUUACAAGGUUUACAAAUUUCUUGAUUUUCUUGCUGGCUUAAUGGAGCAUCCCUGUGGCAAGGCUCUAUGCUUGAAGGAAGGUGCUGUUCAGAUGCUCACACAAGUGUUGGAGAGGGUUUUUGAUUCCAUUGAUUUGGACACAAAACAUAUUCCAGACAGUAAAUAUUCGACUAAAUGUGGGUUUACUUUGAUUAGUUGGUGCAUCCCUGCAUUCAAGUUCAUCUCACUACUUUGUAAUGCUCGAACACCCAGGCAAUACCCUGGCAGACCCAAUUUGUGCAAUUUUGAAACUUUGAGUGCUGAAGACUUUUUACUAAUUUUACGUUAUGUCCUCAAGUUUUGUACGGUCCUACCGGUUGGAAAAGAGUUACUUGCAUGUCUAGCAGCCUUUGGUGAAUUGGGUUCUUGCAGUGAAGGUCGAAGUGCUCUAGUGGCUAUUUCCUUUCAUAUUCAAUCUGAUAUUCAGGAACUUGAAUUAGGGAGAGGAGAUGAAAGGGAUGGCAAAGAUAAUCUUUUUAGUGAAUUUGAGUGGAGAAGGCACCCCCCUAUGCUAAGCUGUUGGAAAAAGUUGUUAACAUCAGUCGAUACCAAAGAUGGUUUGUCAUCGGAUGCAAUAGAAGCUGUUGACGCUUUGUUUUUGAGUGCUGUGCGCUUUUGCAUUGAUGGGAAAAGUUUGAACUUGGACAGUGUUGUUGCAUUGAAAUUCCUUUUUGGGCUUCCUGAUGAUAUGCAUGGGACUGAUGGCUUUUCUGAAGAAAAUAUUAAUUACAUCCAAGAAAUGAUUACUUUAUUGAAUUCAAAGAUCACUGCUGAUGACCAUGCAGCCACCUCUGACGUGGACACCUCUUUGUAUCGGGCCACAGAGUCUGCAAAGACAUUGUUGUUAAUGUUGCAGAAGCCUACCGGUUCUGUUAAGGUGGAUGAUAUUUUUUCUAGUAAAAAUGUUAUUUUGUUGCCAAAUUAUGUUCGGGGUUCAUCAAAGAUAUAUCGGAUGGCUGAUGGCAGUGCUGAAAAGGAUGAUGAUUAUCUUUACCUAGGAGACAAGUUCCUGUGGGAAUGUCCUGAUGAUAGAUCAUCACAGACAGCUUUUCAUGGAAAGAGAAAAGUUUCUUCAGUGGACAGUCUAAGUAAACGUGCUAGAGGAGAAAAUUCACCAGCUGAGCUUGUGGCCCAAGGUGCAUUUCCACGGGGAUUGGGACCAUCUAAUGCCCCUUCUGGUUCUACUCGCAGGGACAACUUCAGGGGGCGGAAGCCAAAUACCAGCAGGCCACCAUCUAUGCAUGUGGAUGACUAUGUUGCAAGAGAAAGAAGUAUUGAUAAUACUAGUAAUUCUAAUGUAAUAGCUGUCCCACGAGUUGGAUCUACUGGUGGAAGGCCGCCCUCAAUACAUGUGGAUAAAUUUAUGGCCUUAGAAAGGGAACGCCAGAAUCCAAUGGCAACAAUUGUUGGGGAGGCAGCAGCACUAGGGAAGAAUGUAGGUCCUGAGAAUGGCGCAGAUUUGGAGAAAUUCAAGUCUAAGCAAUUGAAAACAGAGCUAGAUGAUGAACUUCAGGGAAUUGAUAUAGUUUUUGAUGGAGAGGAGUCAGAAUCUGAUGACAAAUUGCCCUUUCCUCAGCCAGACGAUAAUCUACAGCAGCCUGCCCCACUUAUAGGGGAGCAAAGUUCUCCCCGCUCUAUUGUUGAAGAGACAGAGAGUGAUGUCAAUGAAAAUAGCCAAUUUUCUCACCUGAGUACUACAAUAGCAUCUAAUGUUGAUGAAAAUGCCCAAAGUGAGUUUUCUUCACUUAUGUCAGUCUCGCGUCCUGAAAUGCGAUUGACUCGAGAACCAAGUGUUUCUUCAGAUAAGAAGUAUUUUGAGCAGUCCGAUGAGACAAAAAAUGUUUUUCCAGUUAAGAUCUCAGGCAGGUUUGAUUCUGCAGCAGCAACAGGUAGUUCUGGUUUUCCUGCCUCUGUUUACAGUGGUUCGUCAGCAUCAUCUUUGCAAUUGCCAGUGGAGUCUAGGAUGACUCCACAAAAGAUUUAUGCAAAUAACAAUCCACAAAUUCCUUUUAAUGUGCCUGGGGCUAUGGGAUCUCAAGGACUUUAUGACCAGAGAUUUCCUCCAAAUCAACCUCCUUUACCUCCAAUGCCGCCACCUCCAACAAUCUUGCCUGUUAUAUCUCAGACUUCUGAUGUACUUCCUAUUCAAUCAUCGCCAUUUAUUAACCCUGUAAUGGAUGUACAGCAGUCACUUCCUGGAGCCUUCCAAGUUCAGUCAGAUUACCUAUCCACCUUUAACAACAGUUCAGCAACAUUUGUAUCUUCCCUUCCCAUGCCAGAUUCCAAGUAUUCAAGGACGUCCAUCCCUUCUCCCAGAUCUGCUAGGCCGCCUCCACCACUUCCUCCUACACCACCUCCAUAUUCAUCUAGCCCCUUUAAUUUAGGGUCUACUAAAACUUCUACCUCACCAUCCUCACUGUACAAUCCAACAAGUGUUGGAACAUCUUAUCUACCACCUCCCUUGAUGCCAUCCUCAAGUUUCAGUCGACCAGCUUCGAUCCCCAUCACUCUUUAUGGAAGCACAGCAAGUCAGCAGCUCGGUGAGAAUCCACCAAGUAUCUUGCAGAGUCUCGCCAUCCCUCAGCCGUCGAUUCCAACAUUACAUUCCAUAGCCCAGUUGCAGCCAUUACAACCCCCUCAGCUUCCACGUCCUCCACAGCCACCUCAGCAUCCUAGGCCAUCGAUUCAAGCUUCACAGCAGUUAGAACAAGGAGUGCCUUUGCAAAAUCAAAUUCACAUGCAAGUGCAUCCACUGCAGAUGCUGAAACAUUCACAAAUGUCUCCCAUCAAUUCCUAUUAUCAAUCUCAACAGCAGGAAUUUUCACAUGCACAACAGCAAGUGGAACUUGUUCAACAGCCAGUUUUACAUGAGCAGGGGGAUGUUGCAAUCCACCAGCUACAAGAUCCAGGAAUGUCAUUACAUGAGUACUUCAAAUCUCCAGAAGCUAUUCAGUCUUUAUUAAGCGAUCGGGAUAAACUUUGCCAGCUUCUGGAACAGCAUCCUAAACUAAUGCAGAUGCUUCAGGAAAGGUUGGGUCAGCUAUAGCACACGGUAGAGGAAUCAAAAGAUGAGGUCUUACCUGUUGUGGGUAUACUUCAGACCUGGAAACUACUGGUCCGAGUAUGUAUGAAGUCAUUGCCCCAACAGUCAUUGAUGUUCUUUCGAUCAUGUCUAGUCUGCUAAAUUUUGUCUCAGUAAUGUACCAUAUACAUGUAUUCUUUCAUCUUAAUAUUCAUUAAAUUGCCUCCGAAUCAUCAUAUUUUCAAUGGGAAAAGCUUUUCAUGUAUUUUGUCUACAGCUGAAGAUAUGGCUUUUGACAAGAAAGGUGGAGGUACUAGUUGACAAAUUUGUCUACUUGAAACGGGUGUAUUUCGUAGAUGUUUGUUGUAUUGAGAUUGUAGAAAUUAACAUUGCUAUCAUUAACUCGAUGUAUAUAGAAAACCUCAUCACUCUUCGUUC